AUGUUUCAGCCCAAUGACGAUCAGGAACAAAAUAAGUUGAUGCUGAUGCAUCUAUGCUAUGAGCUUGUCUUUGAAGGGAGACUGCAACUAGCACCCAUCUCGAGUAAUCCGCAAAACGCUCUGGAUAUUGGAACGGGGAGAGGAGAUUGGGCUAUUGAUUUUGCUGAGGCCAACGCAUCUGCUCACGUCAUCGGCACGGACCUAAGUCCAAUCCAGCCUCUGUGGGUCCCUCCAAACCUGACUUUUGAAAUCGACGAUGCAGAAGACGAAUGGCUUUAUAGCCAAAAGUUUGACUUCAUCCACACCCGAACAUUAUGUGGCUCCAUCCGGGAUUGGCCACGGUUUCAUAGACAGGCCUUUAGUCAUCUACGGCCGGGUGGUUGGCUAGAAAUGCAGGAGAAUGACGCCUGGUUCCAGCGUGAUGAUGGCACAUGCCCAGAAUGGUCGAAACUGUUUCUUGAGAAGCUGGAUGAAGCGAGCGUAUUGAGCGGGAGGCGGUUAAAUGUUGCCAAAGAGCAGAAACAACAUAUGAUAAAUGCAGGCUUUGUUAACGUGCAUGAUGAAAUUUUCAAGCUACCACUGAGCCCGUGGCAUCCCGAUCCGCGAAUGACGGAAAUAGGGCGAAUUCGCGGGAUCGCAAUGAACGAAGGUGUCGAAGGGUACAGUCUGGCCUUAUACACACGCUUUCUCGGCUGGAGUCCAGACGAAGUGCGAAUUUUACUGGCCAAGGUGCGCGCAGAAUUCAACGAUAUAAGUAAUCGGAUGUACAUCGCUGUGCAUGUUGUUUAUGGGCAGAAACCGGAAGAAGCUGCUACCACAAUCUAA